AUGGAGCUGCUGCCCAGCGCGUUGCUUCUCCUGCUGCUGACAGGAGGAGCCCGUAGCCAGGACCCGCCUGGGGAUCCCUGUCCCCAGGGCCAGCAGGAGGUCAGGGAGGGCUCGGAGACCUUCUGUGUCCCCGCGUCACCGCCGGGCAGGCAGAUGACAAGGGACGACGACCGGAUCAUCGGGGGGUACCCCUGCAUCCCCGCCUCCCAGCCCUGGCAGGUUUACAUCUACAGCCCCAUCCGCUGCGGCGGGAUCCUCCUGCGGGACAACUGGGUCCUCACGGCCGCCCACUGCAACAGCAGAGGCCUGCGCCUUCGCCUGGGCGAGAACGACCUGCAGCAGGCGGAGGGGACGGAGCAGGACCGGCGGGUGGCCGUGGCCAUCCCCCACCCCAACUUCAACCCCACGACCCUCGACAACGACCUCCUGCUGCUCAAGCUCGACCGGCCCGUGGCGCUCGGCCGCGCCGUGCGGACCCUCCCCCUGCCCCGCGCCUGCGCCCCCGCCGGCACCACCUGCCUGGUCUCCGGCUGGGGCACCAUCACCACCCCCCAAGUGACCCUGCCCCGCCACCUGAUCUGCGCCUACGUGGACAUCAUCCCGGCCGCCGUCUGCCGCCGCGCCUACCCGCAGCGCAUCACUCCCAACAUGCUUUGCGCCGGGGUGCGCAGCCAGCGCAUCGACUCCUGCCAGGUACCGCGGGGGGGCGGGGGGGCACCCCAAAAACCUCCCCCCCCACCCCGAAACCAUC